AUGACGCCCUCAAGAUCAGAAAGGAUCGCAUGGCUCACCACCGCGGCGAUGGCAUGGCUGCCGACAGCCAGUGCAGUCAAUGCCAGGACAUCGACUCCGCCCAUGGGCUGGAACAGCUACAACUACUACGGAUGCAGUCCCACCGAGGAGAUUAUUCACACCAAUGCGCAAGGGCUCGUUGAUCUAGGUCUCGCUGCUCUUGGGUACGUCUAUGUCACCACCGACUGCGGGUGGCCCGCUCCAGACCGCGAUUCCGAGGGCAGAAUACAGUUUAAUGAGGACUUAUUCCCUUCAGGCCCCGUGGCGCUGGGCGAGUUCAUUCACGGCCUUGGACUCAAGUACGGAUUGUAUUCGGGCGGAGGCUACUUGCAGUGCGGUAGCACUGACCUUCCAGCCAGUCUGGGCUAUGAGGAGAUUGAUGCACAGACUUUUGCUGACUGGGGUGGCGAUUCACUGAAAUAUGACAACUGCUACCCAGUCAACAAUGUUACAAUGGCAGAUUACGACUCGGCAGAGUCGGGUUCUCCUGCCCGAUUCCAGACAAUGGCAGCUGCCCUAGAUGCUGUCGAUCGCGAUAUCAACUACUUCGUUUGCCAGUGGGGAGUAGGUCAGGACGUUGGCGCCUGGGCCUCUGCCAUUGGCAACUCUUGGAGAAUCAGCAAUGAUAUAUACAACGCGUGGCGAAGCAUAUGGCGAAUUACCAACGAGGUGGUCCCGUACUACAAGUACACCACUGUCGGUGCAUAUGCCGACAUGGACAUGUUGAUUGUUGGCCUCAAGGCUCUAUCUCUCGAGGAAGAGCGCUUCCACUUUGGCUUAUGGGCUAUCAACAAGUCUCCUCUGGGAAUUGGUGCCGCUCUCGACACUUCCAUCACGCCACAAGAUUCUUUGGAUAUUCUUUCCAAUGCGGAAGUUAUUGCCAUCAAUCAAGACUCGUUGGGUGAGCCCGUCAAGUUGACAAGGCGAUACACCGAGGAGGAGUAUGAUUUAUGGGCAGGAAAUCUGUCAGAUUUUCGAAUCGUACUCGGUAUUUCAAACUGGCGAAACAACUCUCAAACAAUCAGUGUCGACCUGGCCUCUAUUCUUGGAGUAGCCUCCGCGGAUGUACGAGAUGUCUGGGCUGCCUCAGACUUGGGUACCUUGUCGGGAUCUCAGACAUUCAACUUGGCAGGUCACGAGCUCAAGAUCUUGGUCCUUUCCAACAUUGCCUCUUCGAGCUCGACCCCCAAGGCUGCAGGAUACUACAGCGCUGUCUCUGGUGCCUUGGCCGGCCAAGCCGCCGUGGUGACAUGCUCAGCCAAUACCUGCCUGCCUACCGGACAAAAGGUGGGCGACCUAUACCCAGCGACAUCCAGCUCCCUGACCAUCUCUUCCGUCUCGGCCGCGACGGCGGGUACAAAGUUGCUUGGUGUCGACUUUAUCAAUUACGACAUUGCGCUGGCUACCGCGUGGGACUGGGGUGACAACACGAGGAACCUGACUGUUAGCGUCAACGGCGAGCAAGCAAAGAGAUGGGCCUUCCCCAUCAGCGGAGGUGACUGGUCUGACACGGGACGUCUGCUGAUCGAGGUCGAUGGCUUCGCUGCGGGUGACCAGAAUGAGGUUGUGUUUGCAGCUGUAGGAAGCAACCCGGCGCCUGACUUGGUUGGGUUCGAGAUCUUUGAGUAA